AUGGAGGAGGGAGAGUUGCCUGCUGGCAAUAUGGAUGGAGAUAGUAACAUUACCAUUUCUCUGGGUUACCCUGGCAGUGCCAACUCUGUUUCCUAUGCUAAUGGUCUCGUGGCGCCACUAGAAGGAGGUAUCCCAGAUUUGAAUGAGUUACUUGGGCCCAUUGUAAAUGGCCCAGCUCCGGAAGCCCAUGUGCCACUGGUACCUCAGGUGAUUGAACCAGUUCAGCCUGCACUUGAGGAGGGCCUAGUAAAUGCUCUUAUCAAUAUCAAUCGGCCCAGUGUGGGUCACAGCAUGGGACUUCUUCCACAACAGAUUGUCCCUCAUUAUUCUGACAUCUCAGUGGAUCCUAUGCAACUUGAAUUACUAGCCAAUGCUAAUUAUCAACCAACAGCUCCAACAUUACAGGCUAAUCUAGUUAAUCAGGCUAAUCCAGUGGCAGGUAGUACUUCUGCACAGAAAACUUUAUGUGAAGAUCAGAAUGCAGCACCUAAAGAGACUGACCAAGUGGAAGGGAUACCUGAAGAUUCUAACUCAGGUGAGCAUGUUCCUAACAUGUCUGCACCACCUGGGUUUCCUAUUCCAGCAUAUCUUAAUGAGCCCCACACUAUUCAAUUAGGGGGACAACACAGUAAACUCCAAGGGACACAGAUUAUACAACAAAGUCUUCUGACAGAGGAGGAACAACACUUGGGCAUAGAGGGAGCCAGAGUUUGGAGGGAGCCUUUUGCACCAAGUCCUAAUAGCAAUGAGGUGAUUCAAGUUCUUGUUGAUUGGGCCAAUUUUCUUUCAGUGGUAUUGCUCACACCUGGGAAAUUUGCAUGGGCAAAGCAAUUUAUUAAUUCUCAAGUCUGGGAGAUUAUCACACGGGGCUCUACUUGUCUUUAUACCUUGCCAUUUGCUAUCCCACAAUCAUGCUCUACUGAGAAUACUCUCUGUACUCUCUCUCAGCAGCUGCAUGACAAGAUGGAGCAGGAAGCCAGUUCUCCUCUACCAACUGCAUCUACAGACUCCAUUACUGCAUCCUCUACAUCUGCACUUCAGAAAAACAGAAAGAGGAAGGACAAGGCACCAUUGGUUGAAACUGAGGUCAACGAGAAGGACACCACUGAGGAGCAGCCGCAGACUAAGAAUAAGAAGAGCAAGAGCUCCAACCCAGCUAAGGAGCACAUCAGGAAGACUGCGGCUUCCAAGGAUAGCUCCAAGGCUACCUAG